GGAGGAGCGCUGUCAUGGCGGCCAAGGUGGUGAUAGUGGCCGUCCCGACGGUGCUAAGCAUAGCCUCCAUCCGGGUGUAUACUGUGAGGGAAGCGCCCACUGAAGGCCUGGUUACUCGAGAAAAGCUGAACAUCUACACCCCGCUGCCACAGUCCGCCCAGGCUCAGUUUGUUCCAGAGAGGCCGGGUGUUAUUCAGAGUGGGUUAACCACGGCGAGAGAGAGCAUACUACCAUUUUACCUGGCUGUGAAGGGUGCCUGUUUCUCUGUGAAAAGGGGAAGUGUUAAUCUGUACCAUGCAGGAGAGGAUAUGUACUAUUACCUGAAAGACCCUCCCCCGGAGUUUCUACCCAGAUUUGGUACCAUCACCAUGGCUGGACUGCUUGGCAUGUUCUUGGCACGGAAAGGCUCUCGUUUCAGGAGGUUAGCCGUUCCUCUGGGCCUGAUGAGUACAGCCGCUUCGGUGUGCUACCCGGCCCAAGCGGUGGCUGUGUUGAAGGUGACAGGUAAGAAGGUGUAUGCUGCAGGGCGGUGGAGCAGCGCUGCGGUGUCUUCACUGUUCACCCCAAAGCCUCAGGAGGCUGUCACCAGAGAGACUGCUGCUUCACAGCCACAGGCAGCCACAGUGCCAAAUCCAGAGUCUGCAGCAGCUGAGGAGGAGACGUCCUCAGUAACACUCGCAGAGAUAUCCCCCGACCAGACCCCUACAGAGUCCAGCACAGUGGCACUUUCAGUGCCGGCAGAGACUAACACCUCCACAACCUCUGAGGAAAUACCUGCACCUGUUGAAGGUGAGGAACCCUCAAACACAAAACAAGCAGCAGAGGAUGUCUCUCCUGACGACACCCCAGCCGAGUCCACGCCAAGUUUAGAACUGGAGACACUAGAGGCUGCACCGCCGGUGGCCGCUGAAGUCGAGGCUGUGCCGGCGGAGGCCGCUGAAGUCGAGGCUGCUCCAACCGAGGCCGCUCCAGCAGGGGCUGUAACAGCAGAGGCUGCACCGGCGGUGGCCGCUGAAGUCAAGGCUGCACCGGCGGAGGCCGCUGAAGUGGAGGCUGCACUGGUGGAGAGUGCUCCAGCCGAGGCUGCACCGGCGGAGGCUGCACCGGCGGAGGCUGCUGAAGUCGAGUCUGUUCCUUCCAUUGAAGAACCACCUGCUUCAGAGGCCUCAGACGAGCCAGCAGUGCCCGUUGUGGAAUCAGCUGAGCCUGAACCUGCUCCUCAUCCCGAGUUAGCUGACCCACCACAAGUGGCCGCUGUGGAGGAGACACCAACCCCGACGCUCACAGCACCACCUCAGCAGCCUGCAGCAGAAGACAGCAAAGGUGGCUCUGGUUUCAAGCCAGACCCUGCUCUAAUGGACUUCGGCCAGUCCAACCCUGAGGAUGAAGACCUGUACAGCACACGCAGUUGAGAUACCACAGCCAGCUGCAGGAGAAACCUCAUUCCCACACUGCCAUCUCAUAUGUCAUUCAGAUUAAGCAACACUCGGUAUCAUUAUGCAGCGUAAAUAGGCCAUUCGGCAAGCAAGCAGAGUUAGAAAGUCCUUCAUCAACAUUUCCAUUCUCAUUUUUUCAGCCCACAUCUUUUAUUUUUCUGCAGAGAAGGUCUGAGUAUAUUUGCAUCGUAGCAGCAGUGCAGUGGAUUCCAGUACACAAAGCGGUCGGUUUGUGUAGAAGGACAGAAACCUGGAAAAAAAAUACACCCACAACUUCUUACAAGUCUUUAAAUUCACAGAUGGCAGACUGUGAAAUGUUCUCUCUGUAUGUGUCAUUGAACAAUAGCUGGCUUUUGUGCUGCAGCUUUCAUUGUCAUGAAUGCAUGGUGCUUUUAUUUAUUGUGAUUUAGCCCAUUGCCUUGGUACAUUCAAAAUACUGCACAUGUGCUGGUAAUCUUUACAAGAUGGACUACCCCCGUUCCAUUUUGUCACAUCAGUAAUUGUCGUCAAAUGUCGUCAAACCAAAAAUAAAUAUAUAUUUUUCACAGUU